UAUAAGGAGCUUAAACACAUUCAAUUGCUGAAGGACAGGCUGAGGGCCUUGGGUGCCACACAUACACACCGUCCCCUGGGUGUCAUUGCGCUGACAACACACGUGUACACAGGGAUGAAGAAUGGCUGAUACAGAGAAAUUACUGCGUGCUGAACCGUCUAUUCUUCAACAUACACCUCAGGGGAUAGGCACAGUUCUCCCUGCUCCUUUAAGGCAUGCAGUGCAAACUCACUCACCCUGAGUUUGAGCAAUCAAUAGGUGCUGUCAAGCUCCUCAGAAGUGGUCCUCUUCUCAGAGCAGACAUCCCUUUAGAUCAGCAGAGGCAGCUCAGUUUUUUUGUUGUGGGUGCUCUGCACAACCUGAUGUGUAUGCACUACAGUAUGUUGCUGCUUUUUAUGCAUCUGCCUGUUACAUGUCAUGUUUGGCCUGCAACCACAUGAGCAUAUAUAUGAAGAUAAUUUACUUUUAAGCAACAAAAAGAAGCAUCAACUUUAAGAUGAAAAGUAACGUUUUUAGUAAAAGGGGAGAAACAAACCAUGUGUGUGUAGUAAAAGGAGGAGAGAGAGUAUGUCAGUGGCCCAGCAGUUGAGUCCCAGGGGGUUAGCGUGGAUCUGCAAACUCACACUGCAGCAGUACAGCUACAGAGAGCAUCAGCAGAACACACUGCACACCUAAACAAUCAGUCCACACACACUUCAGCCAUAUCAUACCCAAAAUAUGUAGAUGCCUUUAAAUGUGUAAAACCUUGCAAAAUUAAUAAUUUAUUAGGACUGCUUAUAAAGACAGGACAGUUAUAAAAUAGGCAUGAAAUGACUCAUCAUGUCCUAAUAAUUUAACACGUUGGCUAACUGUUUUAUGCACAAACUGAUAGAAAGUGAAAAGUGAUGCUUGAAAAAAAUUGUAUAUGCUAUAAAAAAAAUAAUGUUUUUUAGAGCUGCUGAUAUGAUCAAUUGCACCUCGUUAACGCCCUGUGUAAAAAUACAAAUCAUCAACAAGGUGCUACACUCAUGAGGGUGAAUAUGUUCCUGCGCAGGCAGUGGUUUUGUGAAGACCAGAUAUCUCUUUAAAUAGAGUGUGUCCUGCUGCUGACUAGUGAGUUUUCCCUCCCUCCUUUAUAAACCCAGCUCUCCCCUCCUGCUGCAGUCACUUCUCCUCCGGCUCAGCCAACAUGAGUUUCACGGUAGAGCACCACCUCUUCGGCCCGACCUCGUACCGCAAGGCUCGGCCAGCCUCCGUGUCCUCCAGCGGCUUCCACUCCCAGCGCCGCCGCCUCACCUACAGCCAGCCGUCCUCCGCGGACAGCCUGGAGACCUUCGGCGGCGACAUGACCCGCAGGAAUGAGAAAGAGAUCCUGCAGACUCUCAACGACCGGUUCGCCGGCUACAUCGACAAAGUGCGCAACCUGGAGAUGCACAAUCGCAACUUGGAGGCUGAAGCGGCAGCUCUGCGGCAGAGCCAGGCCGGGCGCGCCUCGGUCGGGGAGCACUACGAGAGAGAGCUGGGCGACCUGAGGGGUCUGCUUCAGCAGCUGACCGGGGAGAAGGCCCGCGCUUCUCUGGAGCACGAACACCUGGAGGAGGACAUCCAGCAGCUGCGGGUGAGGCUGGAUGAUGAGGCGCGGAACCGGGAAGAGUUGGAGGCUGCGGCGCGCACCAUGAAGAAGUAUGUUGAGGAGUGCCGGCUGGCGAGGAUGGAGCUGGACAAGAAGCUCCGUGUCCUGGAGGAAGAGGCCGUUUUCCUGAAGAAGAAUCACGAGGAAGAAGUGGCGGAGCUCCUCGAGCAGAUUCACGGCGCGCAGGUGAGCUUCGACCUGCGGGACACGCUCAAGGCGGACGUCACCGGCGCACUGCGAGAGAUCCGCGCACAGCUGGACGGUCACGCAUCCAAGAGCUCAACGCACGCGGAGGAAUGGUUCAAAGUGCGUAUGGAGCGUCUGUCUGAAGCUGCUAGGUCCAACCAGGAUGCAAUCCGUGGAAGCCAGGAGGAGAUCUCAGAGUACCGCCGUCAGCUCCAGAGCCGCACUAUUGAGCUGGAGACUCUUCGGGGAACCAAGGAUUCACUGGAGAGGCAGCGUAUGGAGUGUGAAGACAGACACCACGAUGAUCUCAACUCACUACAGGAGACAAUUAACCAGCUGGAUAAUGAGCUGAAAUCCACCAAAUGGGAGAUGGCCGGUCAGCUGAAAGACUACCAGGAGCUGCUGAAUGUGAAGAUGGCUCUAGAUAUUGAAAUUGCUGCUUACAGGAAGCUACUGGAGGGAGAAGAGAACCGCUUUGUGUCAGGAGGAGGCCCGUACUCUUACCUGGAGAGCAGAAUCUCUUCCCACAUGAAAGUGAAAGGAGAGGAGAUCACAGAUACAGUCAUCGUGGAGGAACAGACAGAUGAGACCCAGGUGACAGAGGUGACAGAAGAGGCAGACGAGGAGGAAGAAGAGGAGGGAGAGAAAGAAGAAGAGGAAGCCGAGGAAGGUGAGGAAACCAAAGAAGAGGAAGAAGGUGAGGAAGGAGAAGAUAAGGAGGAGGAAGGAGAAGGAGAAGGAGAAGAAGAGAAAGAGGAAGAGGAGGAACAAAAGGAUGAGGACAAAGAAGAUGAAGAAGAGGCAGGUGAGGAGGAAGAAGAGAAGUCCAAAUCUCCUGAAAAGGCUGCAUCCCCUCCGAAAUCUCCUGCUGUCAAAUCACCAGAAUCUAAAUCUCCACAAAAAUCACCAGAAUCUAAAUCACCACCAGCCAAAUCCCCCAUGCCCAAAUCACCUGCGAAGUCGCCUGCAGUCAAAUCCCCCGCAGGAGAUCAGUCAAAGUCACCUGUGUCUAAAUCCCCACCCAGCAAAUCCCCUGAAUCUAAAUCCCCUCCUCCCAAGACUCCGGAACUAAAGUCUCCAGAAAAGGAGAAGGCCAAGCCUGUCGCUGCCAAAGACACCCCUAAAGAGGAGAAAAAAGAGGAGAAGCCUGAGCCUGUCAAGGAGGAGAAGAAGGAGAAGGAACAACCCGUGAAGGAGGAGAAGAAGCCAGAGCCCAAGGAGAAAGAGCCAGAGAAGGCAGACAAACCUGAGGCAAAGAAAGAGAGCAAGGCAGAUGAGGCUCCAAAGAAGGAUGACGCUUCAAAACCAGAUUCAAAGCCCGCAGAGGACAAACCUGCACCCAAGUCCGAGCCUAAAGAGAGCGCUCCUCCCGCCAAGGAGGAGAAACCCUCUGCUCCUAAAUCCGAGCCAGAGGCAAAGUCUGCCUCUAAAGCGGAGCCAGAGAAACCAGAGGGCAAGAAGGAGGAGAAGAAGCCAGAGGAGAAGCCGGCACCUAAAGCCGAACCAGAGAAAACAGACAGCAAGAAAGACGAGAAGAAGCCAGAGGUGAAAAAGGAGGCUAGUAAAGAAGACGUGAAGGAUGCAGGGAAGGCGGAGAAAUCUUCUGGCACCGAGUCGAAGGACGAGAAGGCCAAGAAGUAAAACUGAUAAGCUGUGAAUCAAGAGAGGAGAGGAGAGGAGGAGAUGCCAAAGAACUAUGAGUGAGGGUAAGGAGCAGGAGAAAAGGAGUUGGAUGCACCUCGCUCUCGAGGCGGGCGCUCUAAUGUCCAAAGCUUAGCAGGUGAUGGUAUGUAAGCAAUAGUGAUUUCUGUAGCAAAUAACCCACUGCUCCCUAAGUAUGGCCAUUACACACCCCUGAUGCUUCUGAUGUAUGACUGUAGUGAAUGCAGAAUGCUCUAAACUCCUAUUCUGAAUGUGACAACUGCCCUUAAUAAAUAACAAGUGCAUUUAAACUGAAUCCCGCUGACAGGGACCGCAGGGGCCUGCUGUAAAGCCUUCAAGGGUAGAGAUGUCAAAACAAUGUUAAGCUAAAGAUUGUCACAUAUGUUGGAUAUAAAAAAAACAUAUAUUUAAGGAGAUACAAAUGUCUAUAUUAUAUUUACAGAUACAUCAGUUACGAAAGAACUUGAAUUAUUUUGCUUGUUGUGCACCUUAACGCGGCUUCUCCUGACAGGUGAAGUGCUUCUGGUCUGCAGUGCUAGGACAAUGAUGACUAUGUGUUAUGUAUAAACUGCUGAGAAUAUGCAAUAUGAAACAGAUAAAUAAAAAGAAUGAAAAAUCAAAC